AUGGCCAAUGGGAAGAGAUCAGCUGAAGAACAAGAUUUGGCAGAAGACCUUGUUACAAGAGGUUCAAACAAAGGCUUCAAUUUUAUGGUUGAUAUGAUCCAGGCUUUACAUAAUGGGAAGAGAUCAGCUGAAGAACAAGAUUUGGCAAAAGACCUUGUUACAAGAGGUUCAAACAAAGGUUUCAAUUUUAUGGUUGAUAUGAUCCAGGCUUUACAUAAUGGGAAGAGAUCAGCUGAAGAACAAGAUUUGGCAAAAGACCUUGUUACAAGAGGUUCAAACAAAGGCUUCAAUUUUAUGGUUGAUAUGAUCCAGGCUUUACAUAAUGGGAAGAGAUCAGCUGAAGAACAAGAUUUGGCAGAAGACCUUGUUACAAGAGGUUCAAACAAAGGCUUCAAUUUUAUGGUUGAUAUGAUCCAGGCUUUACAUAAUGGGAAGAGAUCAGCUGAAGAACAAGAUUUGGCAAAAGACCUUGUUACAAGAGGUUCAAACAAAGGCUUCAAUUUUAUGGUUGAUAUGAUCCAGGCUUUACAUAAUGGGAAGAGAUCAGCUGAAGAACAAGAUUUGGCAGAAGACCUUGUUACAAGAGGUUCAAACAAAGGUUUCAAUUUUAUGGUUGAUAUGAUCCAGGCUUUACAUAAAGGGAAGAGGUCAGCUGAACAAGAGAAAGACAUGAAUUGAAAAUAAACCAGACAGCCUCCAUAAUCUCCCAGAGGAACUAUCUAAAAAUGAAAUCAGAAGCUUCAAGCAAAAGGAGGCAGCAAACCUUGUUAAAUUAAAACCAAAUCAUGUACUUAGUUUUCUUAGGUAGCAAGCAGAUAACAUUUGUAUAAAGGAUGUGAAAUAUUCUCAUUUACAUAAGUCUGCAAUUAAUUAGCCAACUAUUUAAUUACUAUAUCACAGUCUAUUAUUGUAGUUGUAAGACAAAUCUCCUUUCAACCAUGCAAAUAACUUGUCUAGAAAUAAAUAAAUAAUUUGCUUUAGUUUAAAAACUGAGAAGUCGAUCACAAUACUUUAGAAAAACGUUUCGCUACAGAAAACCACCAUUAAAGGGACAAUCUACACCAGAAUGUUUAUUGUUUAAAAAGAUAGACAAUCCCUUUAUUAACCAUUCCCCAGUUUUGCAUACCAAACACACUUAAUUUAAUAUACUUUUUACCUCUGUGAUUAACUUUUAUAUAAGCAUCUUCUGACAGCCCCCUUAUUUCAGUUCUGACAGACUUGCAUUUUAGCUAAUCAGUGCUGACUCUUAGGUAACUCCACGGGUGUGAACACAAUGUUAUCUAUAUCACAC